GCCUCGUCACUGCAGCUGGCUGCUGGCCAAUCCAGAGAGCUGCCCAGAGUAACUGAGCUUCCUUAAGAGGAGGAAACAGUUAAAAUCCUGGGGCAGCUGCAAUCAUCUAGGCGUGGCUUUCCGAUCUGACUUUGACUACACAGAUUCUGGGCCAAGGGGCAGAAGAAGCGCAACUUAGGCAGCAGAGCUUCCCAGAUGGCAGAGUUAGAUCUCAUGGCUCCAGGGCCACUGCCCACCAUCACCACUCAUCCUCUGGCCCCUGUCAGCUCAGACUCAGGGUCAGCCAGCUCAGCAGAAGAGGAUGUGGGCUUCCUGGGGAGGCCAGUGGAGAAGAUUGAGGGACAGGGCAAUGAGCAGGCAGACCAGGGAGGUUCCAACGGCAAAGGGGAGGAUGAGAUCCCGUGUGACUUCUGCCUUGGGGCCAAGAGAGUGAGGGCAGUGAAGUCCUGUCUCACUUGCAUGGUGAAUUACUGUGAGGAACAUUUGCGGCCACACCAGGAGAACAGCAAACUGCACAGCCACCAGCUGACCGAACCAGCCAAGGACCAAGACCUGCGUACCUGCCCUGCCCACCACAACCCACUGGUUGCCUUCUGCUGCACUGACCGGCAGUGUAUCUGUCAGGAAUGUGGCCAGGAUGAGCAUAAGGGCCACACUUUAGUCUCCUUGGAGGCUGCCCGCAGGGACAAGGAAGCUGACCUUCGGUGCACCCAGUUAAACUUGGAGCAGAAACUCAAGUUGAAUGAAAAUGCCAUUGCCAGACUCCAAGCCAACCAUAAGUCUGUUUUGGUGUCUGUAUCAGAAGUCAAAGUGGUGGCUGAAGAGCAGUUUGGAGAACUCCUUGCUGCUGUGAGGAAAGCUCAGGCCGAUGUCAUGCUCUUCUUGGAGGAGAAGGAGCAAGCUGCUCUGAACCAGGCUAAUGGCAUUAAAACCCAUCUGGAGUACAGGAGUGCAGAGAUGGAGAGAAGCAAGCAGGAGCUGGCCAGGUUGGCAGCCAUCAGCAACACUGUUCUCUUCCUGGAGGAGUACUCCAACCUUAAGAAUGCUGAAGACACUGCUUUCCCUAGUGUUUACAUUGGGCUAAAGGAUAAGCUCUCAGGCAUCCGCAGGGUCAUCACAGACUCCACCAUACACAUAAUCCAGUUGUUGGAGAACUAUAAGGAAAAGCUUCAGGAGUUUGCCAAAGAAGAACAAUAUGACAUCAGAACUCAAGUAUCUGCUGUUGUUCAACGCAAACAUCGGACCUCAAAACCUGAACCUAGAAGCAGGGAACAGUUUCUCGAAUAUGCGUGUGACAUCACAUUUGACCCUGACACAGCACACAGAUAUCUCCGGCUGCAGGAGGACAACCGCAAAGUUACCAAUACCACACCCUGGGAGCAUCCUUACCCGGACCUCCCCAGCAGGUUUGUAUAUUGGCGACAGGUGCUGUCUCAACAAAGUCUGUACCUGCAUAGGUACUAUUAUGAGGUGGAGAUCUCUGGGGCAGGCACCUAUGUUGGCUUGACCUGCAAAGGCAUCGACCGGAAAGGGGAAGAACGCAACAGUUGCAUUUCUGGAAACAACUUCUCCUGGAGCCUCCAGUGGAAUGGGAAAGAGUUCAUAGCCUGGCACAGUGACACAGAGACCCCACUCAAAGCUGGUCCUUUCCGGAGACUCGGGAUCUACAUUGACUUCCCAGGAGGGACUCUUUCCUUCUAUGGUGUAGAGUAUGAUGCUAUGACUCUGGUUCACAAGUUUGACUGCAAGUUUUCAGAGCCAGUCUAUGCUGCCUUCUGGCUUUCCAAGAAAGAAAAUGCUAUCCGGAUUGUGGAUUUGGGAGAGGAACCUGAGAAGCCAUCACGCUCCUCAGUGGAGGCUGCUUCCUAGAUUCCAGAAUCCGUAUCACAGGCCUUUACUAACCAUGAUGAUGGGGGCAGCAGCUUUCAUUUUAAGGCUAUUUUGAAGGCAGGAAUGUUUGCCAUUUAUAGUUGGCUUCAAAAGUCAUAGGAGGAGCUGGGAAUAUGGCUUAGCAGUAGAGUGCUUGCCUAGCAUGUACAAAGCCCUGGGUUCAAUUCCUCAGCACCACAGAAACAGAAAAGGCUGGAAGUGGUGUUGCGGCUCAAGAGGUAGAGUGCUAGUCUUGAGAAAAAAGAAGCCAGGGACAGUGCUCAGGCCCUGAGUAAAAAAAAAAAAAAGUCAUACAAGUCUGUGAAUGAGGUAUGAAUGAGGUAUAGGCUCUCCUACUGCUCUCCUUUGCUGCAGGCAGUACUGUUUUAUAUAUGUUUGAAGUAAUUAAUUCUAAGGCAUCAGUCCCCCCCAUAAUCUUCUAGUCAUGUAUAGUCUGCUGUCUGCUCAGGUGAAUCCUACACUUUGCCCAGAAUUAGUAACCGGAACUCUUCAUAACACUAAAAAGAAUGCAGAGGAAUCACAGUAAAUUGCAAGCUUUAUUGUACAUAUCUGUGUGGCACACUUCCCGUGCAUUAUGCAAAUCCCUGUUGUCCAGGGAAGUCUAAGGUAUUUAGCUAACUUACCCAUAAUUUAAAGAAGAGCUGAAAUUCAAAUCUGAGUGGGCUGUUGCUGAACUUUGACCACUAUGAUGUAUUGUCUUCAUUAGAUUGUGAAUAUUUUAUAUACAGGAUUAAACCAUAUGAUGAAUUACAUUGCAAUGAAAUGUGUCUUAAACUGACCUCUUAAGAGUUUGCACAUCUUUUUUCAGUUCACCACUUUGUAUAACUCUUUCUGGUUUUACAAAGAUUAUAGCAAGUGCAUUAAUGGAGUCCAAGUCUUAGUCCCUUUAAUCUCUUAUGAGAGAAAAUGAGAGGCAUCAUUGCUUUCUAAAGUCACCUGCACUUUGUAAACAUAUCUGAUUUGUCAUUCAAAGGUGUGAUCUCAAGUAUUUGUGGAUAGCUCUCAUACACUGUUAAGAGCUGUUCUCAUUUUCAAAGCUAAAUUUCCCACUUCUCUUCAUGGUUCCCAUUGCCUUGAUUCACAGUAUGUUUUCCCUUCCCAUUUGAUUAUUUUAUUCUCCUUUUGACAGAUAACUUCCUUAAGUUUAAUAAAAAAAAUUCACCAAGCCUUUAGACAAAUGACAAACUAUCUUUAGAUGUGUCUCUGUGGGCCUGAAGACAUAGCUCAUUGGUAGGUGUAACUCUUGCCUAGCAUGCUGAAGGCCUUGGGUUUGAUCCCUAGCACCUCAAAAAAUAAUAACAAGAAAGAGUUCAUUUCUGACCCAGCAUCAGUGGCUUAUGCCUGUAUUCCUAGCUUCUCAGGAGGUUCUGGAGGACCCAUGGUUCAAAUACAGCCCAGGUAGAAAAGUCGUUGAGACUAUAUCUCAAGUGGUAGAGCAAGGAAAGCUGAGCCAGUGGGGGCCCCCAAAUUUAAAUUCCAAUACUAGCAAAAUAAAGAAAUGAAAUAAUAAAUAAAGUUUCUGAAGUCACCUGAAAUCUUUUAAGGGAUUUACUGGAGGUAUUACUUUUGGGUCUUUUCCUGUGAUCUAUGUCAAGAUAAAUGUCUUCCUGUUCAACCAGUUUGAUUAUCCUAUCUCAACAGUGUGUUCCCUUUGCAUUAUUUGACUUGUUUCUAGAGACUUUGUCCUGCAUUUAUGUCUAAGGAUUUAUACAGGGUAGAAUUUCAGUGUUUUUACUUUAAUUUCCUCACAUCAUUGUUAUGUACUGAGAAAUUUAAGACUCAUGCUUCUACACCUAGUAUGUUAGCUUACCUUCCCAGACUAGUGUUACCUGCCAAAUCCACGAUCUUUUCUUCUUAAGUCUGAACUUUGGUAAUGUGUACAUUGAGUGGGGUAGGGCCAAAUCCACAACCUUGCAACACACGGUCAAUAUCUUCUGGGUUUAAUUAUACAAGUUAUUCAUUGAUAGAACUAUACAGUGGUAUAGUUCAUCUUUUGUUCCUUUUUCCACUGAUCAUAAUGAAGGACAUUCUACAUGGCAGAAACCAGUAUAUGCUGUGUCUGAAUUUCUUUUUAAAACAGAAAAUGAUCAUUAGUUUGGCUUGUCUUGAUUUUUUUCGUGUUUUAGAAAUGUUUAUUUUAUUUUUCAGAAAGUAUUGUAUAUUUAAUUUGUUUGUGUAUUAUUCACCAUGCUUUCUUGGCUCUUCUGUUUCAACUUUCAGAUUUUUCAAAGAGCUGUUCCAUAUAUUUGAUCCAAGUUUUUAAUUUUUUUUAUUAUCUUCAAGUAGUUGUAGGAAGGAGUUGCCAUUUAACAA